ACUCUUUACAGUGGAGGCCUUGGAGUAGGCCUUUCUGUCCAUUCAUACUCCAGUACAUGGGCCGCCAGUUGUUUUUUGUGCGCUCUCAGACUGAAAACGUGACGGCUCCCUUAGGAUGAAGUUCGUAAGAUUUUUGAUGAAAUUGAGUCACGAAACUGUAACCAUCGAAUUAAAGAAUGGAACACGGGUCCAUGGAACAAUCACAGGUGUAGAUGUCAGCAUGAAUACUCAUCUUAAAGCUGUGAAAAUCACCCCAAAGAACCGAGAACCUGUACAGCUGGAAAUGCUGAGUAUUCAAGGAAAUAACAUUCGAUAUUUUAUUCUACCUGACAGCUUACCUCUGGAUACACUACUUGUGGAUGUUGAACCAAAGGUGAAAUCUAAGAAAAGGGAAGCUGUUGCAGGAAGAGGCCGGGGCCGAGGAAGAGGACAUGGCCAGGGCAGAGGAAGAGGGGAUCCUAGGCAAUAA